CUAACAUCUCUAAAGUACUUUUCUCAACCAAACAGUGACGUGCGGAGAGACGUACUGCAUGAAGGCGGGAGACAGGAAGAUAUUCUGCGUGCGAGCCAACAUGGACGUUUGCGCCAUUUUCGUGCACGGAGACGGGAGCACAGAACUCGAAAUGAACUGCAAGACAUUCGAGCUGUCUGCCUGCACGAAAGAAUACUUUUUCGUCCAAGACCAAACCUCUGAGAAACAGUUCUGUGGCAAGAAAGGACCCGGGAAGAUGACGGGGAUACAAGCCCUGUACCUGUUGUACGAGAGAGCCAAGCGGAGCAAAGGGCGGCCGAGGGUGUGGUGUUCCAUCGAGGGGGUGGAACCUGGUGGUGUGGACAGCGGCGUCGACGAUGGAGAUGAGGCCAGCUCUGCCGUCCAAGCAGUGGGGUGUGACAAUGUGUGUGGCCAGGCCCCCGCGGGCGCAGGAGCAACCAGGAUCGUGGGCGGGGCGGAGGCGGACGCGGGAGAGUACCCUUGGAUGGCCAGGGUGGACAUCUCUCUCGGCAGUGCCAGCAUGUCGUGCGGAGGUGCCAUCAUCACGGCCACGCAUGUCGUCACGGCGAGUCAUUGCGUCGACAGUGAAUACCUGGAGGUCACAGUGAGAGCGGGGAUGCAUGACCUGGCCUCAUAUCAGGAGAACACGACCCAGGUUAUCAAGGCCAAGCAAGUUCUCCUACACCCGAAGUUCAGCCCUAUGACUUCCGCGAACGACAUCGCUCUGCUGACGCUCGAGGAGCCCUUGGAGUGGUCGGCCGGCGUGGGUCCCGUUUGCCUCCCUCCCGACGGCGACUUCAAGGAUCGCGCGGCGGUCGUCGCCGGCUGGGGCUCGCUGGGGGCUAACUCCCUCCCGCACCCGCAGGCGAACGACAUCGCUCUGCUGACGCUCGAGGAGCCCUUGGAGUGGUCGGCCGGCGUGGGUCCCGUUUGCCUCCCUCCCGACGGCGACUUCAAGGAUCGCGCGGCGGUCGUCGCCGGCUGGGGCUCGCUGGGGACUCCCUCCCUCAACCACAGACUCCCUCCCUCAACCGCAGACUCCCUCCCUCAACCACAGACUCCCUCCCGCACCCACAGACUCCCUCCCUCAACCACAGACUCCCUCCCGCACCCACAGACUCCCUCCCGCACCCACAGACUCCCUCCCUCAACCACAGACUCCCUCCCUCAACCACAAACUCCCUCCCUCAACCGCAGACUCCCUCCCUCAACCGCAGACUCCCUCCCGCACCCGCAGGCGAACGACAUCGCUCUGCUGACGCUCGAGGAGCCCUUGGAGUGGUCGGCCGGCGUGGGUCCCGUUUGCCUCCCUCCCGACGGCGACUUCAAGGAUCGCGCGGCGGUCGUCGCCGGCUGGGGCUCGCUGGGGGCUAACGGGCCGUACGCCACGAAGCUAAAUGAGGUAGCUGUUACUAUCACGGACCAGGAAAUGUGUGAAAAGGCUUACAGCUCCUCAAUGUUCUAUGUUACUGAUAAACACAUCUGUGCCGCUGACCCUGGGAAAGACGCUUGCCAUGGUGACUCCGGGGGUCCGCUUGUCAUCAGAGAAAACGGGAAAUGGGUUUUGAUUGGCAUCGUGAGCUUCGGCAGGGGGUGUGCCAUGCAAGGAUUCCCAGGCGUGUACACCCGCGUUUCCUCUUACAACACUUGGCUCCUUAAAAACAUGGCUGUUGGAUCAUGUUGACAGACAAAUAAUAUUAAGUGUGUGUCAGGUCCAGUAUGUGAAAUUAAAAUGGCGAAAACUC